AGCGGUCAUCGCCGGGAGCCUGACCAACAUCUGACAAGCAUCAUACCCAAGGUUGUGCAAAGUUCCCGUCCCAUACUUGACACCCUCUUUCCCGAAAAUGUGAGCUGAAUUUGGCAUCUGUUUCUUCAGCUUACCACCGCCACUUCGACACAACCGCCAACAACACUGUCCAUGAAUUUGUGUGAAAUCUGUCAAUAUUCUCAACAAUUCUUCAGCAUAGUUAUCAAAAUGCCCACACCCGGUUUCCUGAAAAGCAAUAAGACGAAGACAGACGAUGCAGAGGCUAACCGCAGAAGCGCCGAUAUGUCUGUCGAUAAGCUUGUGACCGGAGCUACGCCUUAUCCACUUCCUUCAAAUUUGGCAGCGACUCGAACGUUUGUGCUAGACGAAGGGUUCGAUCCACGGGCAAUGGAAAAAGCUCUGAACGAAGAUCUCGGAGAAGACCAAUGGCGUUUGGAGAAAGGGUUAGCGAAUGUUCAAAAGACUAUAAUAUCGAGAGGGCCACAAAAUAAAGAAGCAGCAGCAGAGCUGUAUGCGAACGAGUGGCUGGCCAAGUUCAAGGAUUUGAGUGAGGUUCUGAAACCAGACAAGCAGACUGAUGAAUAUCCUGCACCAAUAAAGAUUGCUCUGAUAGACUCUGGACCAUCACCCGACCACCUCCAGUCGAAAGGUAUCAUAUACAUGCAUGAUAAAGGUAGCACCGCAGGUUCGGAGAACAUUCAGCAUGAGAUGCUCUCAGUCGACGUCAUUUCAGAGGUCUUCGACCGAGCGCAGCUCUAUUUGGCAAAUGUGGACAUGCCAAUAAUGCAGAAAGUGGAAGCAACAGUGGAGCAAAUAGCAGAGGCUAUCCAGUGGGCGGUGGAGGAAAACGUCAACAUCAUCAACAUUGCCAUAACUUUGAAGGAAAGCGUUGCGCUCCCAGAAAUGAAAGUUGCAAUGAACAAUCUCAGAGCUGCCGUCGAUUGCGCUAAGAUGGCCGGAAUUCUCAUUUUCGCUCCUGCCACUACUUCUAGAGGCGACAUCAAUUCGAUUGCUUAUCCAGCUGUAAUGCGGAAUGAGCUAUUCUGCAUAUACUCUAGCGAUGGCCGUCUUGGUAUUUCCGAAACAAAUCCGCCAGCGAGCACCUCGGACAACAACUUCGCCAUUCUAGGAGAGUGCGUGCGAUUGGGCACAAGAAAGGCGACUGUCACGGGUACAAUGGUCUCCUCUGCCAUAGCCGCCGGCGUUGCCGGCUUGAUACUAGACUUUGCCAACCAGCCGGAUCCGCCCAAAAAACUCGGGGAGGGAGGCUUUGAAAGGUUGCAGUCAAAGGAGGGGAUGACAGCAGUUUUCAGAUUGAUGUCAACAUACCACAAACAAUCUGGCUACCAAUGUGUGGCGCCAUGGGACCUCCUACCGCCAGGGUACGAUUCUCAAAAUGAGCAAUUUCGGACGAAAACUAGGGAAAGGAUAACGAGAGCCAUUAUGAAAGCAUUGCAACAGUAG